GCCAACACGUCGACAAGGCUGCUGCUUCUAGGAAAUCGUGUGGGUGCGUCGAGACGGGAUUGUUUCACAGGCUUUACAGUUCAAACAUGACCCGAUGAACGUAAUUGGAGCGUGAUGGGAAAGUUUGGAGAGCGCUACAAGACCAAAUCGGAGUGUUUCAAGCUGGACCGUGAACGGCUUGUUUUCCCUAAAGAAAGGUGAGAACUCUCAGGUGAAUCUACAGGACAUACAGAAGACCUAUCCGCCAGUAUGUCUUGUUCUUAGACAUUCUGCAUGCCUACAACUCUCAUAUUUCGCAAAAGUCAACAAAGUCUGAACGUGCAGACUCUAGUCUAAACAAAACACAGGUAAGAGUCUUAUAAACAGCAAGGAGAAGACUUGGGGAAGGAAAGUAGAAAACUAAAGCACAGCUGAACCAAGACUCUUACCACUGACUUGGGUAUAUCCUUGAAAAGCGACGUUAAGUUUUGCUCCAUGGUGAAGAUUCACAUAUUUGUUGUAUAGUUUAAAAGUGAAGGUGACACGUCAUGGUUUGCAGGGGAUAUACUAGCAUGUUGCUACGGCAUGUUGCCUCUGAAUAGCUCAAGGCACUGACUGAUCGCCAGUGUUUGCCAAGAUUAAGUGGAACAUCUCAAAAAGGGGACGAAAGACGGACGCUAAACCUGACCAUGCCGGGGUACAUGUCUGCCUGGAUGCGGGACACUGCGCGGACGUUAUUCCGUACGCGCCGACUGGAUACCAUCCCGGGUAGCGAUACUCCCUUUGGGCCCAGCUCACCGGCUGGGGAGGGCGCACCCGUCGGGCCCAGGGCUACCCGGAUCCGAAGCCUGGUGCGAGCCGGGCUCGGUGGGGAGUACGGGCUCGGACUGGCCGUGUUGACGGGGUAUUUCGCCAUACAGGGGGUGGGCGGUCCUGUUCUUCUCCUGUCCCUGGCCGUGGUAUGCGUCACAAACCUCUUAACAGGUCUGGUUCACACGGAGCUUCGCGCACGCGCACUGCGUGUCCUCCCGGACAGCUCGGAGCUGCCCGACACCUACAGCUGUUGCUACGCAACCAUCGGCGAGUUCGUGGCUUACGUCAUCGGCUGGACCAGCCUGCUACAGUUAAUGACCGGAGGUGCUUGCUGCGCACGCGCGCUCAGUCAGACCAUAGACUACCUGUCCAGUCACGUGAUGAGCGACGAACUGAGCAUGAGCAUUGGAGGACUUCCCCACAUGUCAAGUUACCCAGACUUUUUAGCUUUCAUUUUCGGAGUUUUGGCGUGUCUGGUGUCGUCCCAACUUAAGUCGGAUGUACAGAACUUCUUCCUGGACAUCCUUCAUGUUCUAGCCGGCACUCUGUUGGUGUUUGUCUUCUCCAUUGGAUUGUUCUUCACCCAAAGUGCAAACUGGAAACACUCGGAAAUGACGACAGACGUUAUACGUUUGGUGGCGUCAGGAGCAGCCAUCUUGUCUCCGGGGUUCCUUGGGUUCGAAGAACUGGCUCGGACUGGAGUCGAGCGUAAAGGGACCAAGAAACGGAACGUUUGGGGCGCUCUGGUCAUGACUCCUUUCGCAAUAGUCACCUCGUUUACCAUGGUCACCAUUGUACAAUCACAUCUCUCCCCCCAGUCUCAGGUGGAUCAUUUCGCCCCGCUCCCGAGUGCCUUUGCUGUGGCGGCAGCCAAGUUUGCGACGUACAUAGUCGCGUUAUGGCAGGUGGCAAUAUUGUCGGUCGCAAUCAUAUUCGUCUCUUACCGAAUUCCACAACUUGCAGAGAACAUGGCAAACGACGGCCUCGUCAGUUAUCUGCUGAGAAAACGGGUCGGCACCACGAAACCUGUCGUCGGAAUCCUCCUAUCGGGAAUCUUUGUCGGCCUUUUAUCCCUCGCUUUUCGGCAGGCAGACUUGAUAGAACUUUGCGCCAGCACGUCUCUUGUUGUCCAGACGAUUUCCUGCGCAUGCGUCAUCAUCCUUUGCUACCAAGUGAGCGGGACUGUGGAGGACGAUGGCAGUGGGCUGUCACGUGACACUGGCAACGAUGACGCAGUUCGUGUACGUCAUCACUCGGAAAGAUCAGCAGGAAUCUUAGAAGUCGAAGAGCUGACGUCAGCAGGACAUGUAACCUACACGGGGACUACCACAUCCGGGACCUUGUCGGACUCAAGUGCAGAGAGCUCUGGGGACGAGAAUGAGGAGGAGGAGGACGAAGAUGAAGAAGUGGACAUCUACGCCAUCAUGGAGGCUUAUCGACGGCGUGCGAGCAACAUGGCCAGCAAGGGACCCGCACAGGCCACGCCUCUGUACAAGCGGAUGCGGAAAUACGUCGUGCCCACAAGGAUGACGGGAUACAUCGCCACGUCCAUGGUUCUGUUGUCAGUUGUCAGCUUAGUUGCCCUAGCAACGGUGUGCGUCAGGAACCCCGACCAAGUGUUCUAUCAGGUGUGGGGUAUCCUGGUGCUGAUCGGCCUGACCACCACCGUGCUGGGGGCGGUGGGGGUGCUGCUGUACCUGCCCCAGGGGCGGGGGGGACUGGUGCUCCGCGCGCCCGUCAUGCCCUGGCUGGCCGUGCUGGCCAUGGUGGGGACGUGCGCCAUGAUGGCGGGCCUGGCCGACAAGACAUGGGUACUGUACGGAGGCUGGAUGGCUAUAGGGAUUCUGAACUACCUGUUCUACGGCGUCUGCCACUCCACCCAGCGGUUCUCAAAGGGAUAUCACCCGCACGAGACCGAGGCCAUCCUCCUGAAGCCCAUCUCCACGCAUGCGCUCUUUAACGAGCAGGUGAUCCCCAGUCACGUGGGAAAGCGUCACAAGCAUCACAAGUGUCUGACGUUUGCUGUGUAAGGCUUUGAGAGGCUCCUGAAUUAAGAUAAUGUACAUCUUUCAGCUUCUCAUGACAACGGUAACCAUUAUAAGUAGCGAGUGAAACCACGGCUUUAUAUAUGCUGCUGAAGCUUUAAAAAUCACUCUUUAUGUACGUCACUAAAUUUUGAGAUGUGUCAAAACCUGAAAAUUUAGAACUGGGAAAGCUAAAGAUAGUGAGAAGUAUAACAGAACGGUGAACUGGCUAGCGUUAGGGCCAAAAGGGUAAAUUUCGUUUCAAGAUAGGUACUUUAACGUGGGUGUACCAUGUGCAAUAUUAUCAGUAAAUGUGAAUUUUGAAUUCUCAAAGUUAUCUCCUAAAUGUCUUAGAUCUGAGACAAGUGAUUUAACUAGGUAGGUCGCAUUAUGUGGAAAGUAACAUGAUAGCUAUUUCUAGUUCAACUUCUAAUAGAUGGAAUUUGAGAUUAUAGGAUGAGAUUUGUAUAGAUAUAGAUAUAUGAAUAUAUACAUAGAUACGUCGAUGUAAGAUAGACAUCCAGGUAAUACGAUAC